AUGGGUGCUGUGGUGAAUCGAUGCUUCAGGUCCACGAAGCCUCUGUCGACAGCUGGAGACCAUGAGAACGAUAGUUUGGGAGAGGGUCACUGGAAGGUGAACCCAGAGAGCAGGAAGGUGAACCCAGAGAGCAGGAAGGUGAACCCAGAGAGCAGGAAGGUGAACCCAGAGAGCAGGAAGGUGAACCCAGAGAGCAAGAGGGUGAACCCAGAGAGCAGGAAGGUGAACCCAGAGAGCAAGAGGGUGAACCCAGAGAGCAGGAAGGUGAACCCAGAGAGCAAGAGGGUGAACCCAGAGAGCAGGAAGGUGAACCCAGAGAGCAAGAGGGUGAACCCAGAGAGCAGGAAGGAAGGUGAACGAGAGAGCAAGAGGGUGAACCCAGAGAGCAGGAAGGUGAACCCAGAGAGCAGGAAGGUGAACCCAGAGAGCAAGAGGGUGAACCCAGAGAGCAGGAAGGUGAACCCAGAGAGCAGGAAGGUGAUCCCAGAGAGCAGGAAGGUGAUGGAAAUCCCCAGCAUGUACACCCCAACACCCCACUCUCACUACCCAGGACCGUACACCCCUACACCCCACUCUCACUCCCCAGCCCCUACACCCCACUCUCACUACCCAGCCCUAACACCCCACUCCCACUACCCAGCCCCUACACCCCACUCUCACUCCCCAGCCCCUACACCUCACUCCCCAGCCCCUACACCCCACUCCCACUACCCAGCCCCUACACCCCAACACCCCACUCUCACUACCCAGCCCCUACACCCCUACACCCCACUCUCACUACCCAGCCCCUACACCCCACUCCCACUACCCAGGCCCGCAGAUUAG